GUUUCAUAGUCAGAAAUCGAGAUACACCAUCGACUUAGUGAUUGUGAAUCAUGAAGCCGCUUUAUGUACUUUUUGGAGUCCUACUCCUUACUACUUUCACGGUUGCGAAGCUGGACAUCCGCAAUCGAUUUGGUAUUACACCGAUCGUGGAAAAACUCCAAGAGGCGCAUGAUCGAUUGCAUGAUAACAUCUUCGGGGAAAAAGUUGUGGAUUCUCCAGCUGCCAGUGAAACAGCGGACAACUCUGACGGGGCUGACACCCCCGAUGGCUCUGAAGAUGCACAACCCGAGUCUGAGGUAUCCACUGACGAUGAGCAAUCAGAGUCUGAUGCCCCCAAUGACGAAGCACCUGAAACACCUGCCGGUGACAACGAAGAACCUGAGCCUCAGGUCGACAUCCCUCAUCAAUCUGGGAUCUUGGAAAAAUUGCGGGAGUCCAAAAAUAAUUUAGCGGAAAACGUGGAAAAAUUGCAGGAAGCGGGCCAAAAACUUUAG